CAAAAAUGGGGGGGGGAUAUCAUGAAGCUCUUAUCUGUUAAUUGCUACAUAUAUAUGUAAAAGAUAUGAUAUCUCGGUAUAAUUUUACUAUUCUAGCAUUAGUCACCUCACAAUAGGGCCGACUCCAAGUGACAACAAGGCACCAGAAGAUCUUCUGUUCUCGUAUUGCCAUAUUCUACCCUUAUACCGAGCCUAGAGGUGUAAACAUUUCUAAGAGCGUCAUAGUUUACUGGAGGAUUAAUGCUAUCCUAGUCAGUUUGGUUUGGAGACAGAUGCGGGGAAGUCAAAGAAAGGAGUAUCCCGGCAGGCAAAGGUGGCAUUGUGGAAAGAUAACCAUGGGGACCCCCUCAAGGUCUAUGCCAGAUCUAUGCCUCAAAGAGCAUUCAGCCGAGAUGAUCGCAAGCAUUGGGUUAGCAUUGGGUUAGCAUCCUAAGCAAUUCGGGACUACUAAUCUCUAUGAUGCAUAGUCCGGGACCUCAGAGGACGGUUCUGGAUCCGAUUCUGGAUUCCGGAACCGGGUUUCUUUCGGGUCAUAUUUGUCAUUGCCAAGUUCAUUGCCAAGUAAACAUCGACGUCCUCAGCUUUAUAAAAGGUCGUGGAUGAAGUGACUAGAAUAGUAGUGCUGCUCUUCUACGUUACCCGGAUCUCAUCCUUGCCUGAUGCGAUAUAAGUCAAGAUGAUCAAGCAAAAGCUUCUUAGCCUGCUGGCGCUAUGCUUGGCGACGACAUCUGCUUCGGUGACGGUGCGGAAGACGAAUAAAGGCCCAACCGGCUUCGAGGUUGACUUCAAAUACGUCAACAAAACAGCCAGCCGCGUGCUCAUCGGCGGAGGAUUGCAGGCGUUUUCAGACCACUUCCACACAACCUUAAACAGCCGCGCAUGGUACGAUCCUCAUGAUUAUAAGCCUGGAGACUUCUAUGUAUCCUACGGAGAGAUGCCCGACGGCUACCAGUGGCCGUAUGAGAUGACGACAAAAGGUGAUGGUGUGUGGACCUAUACAACGCCUCUUCCAUCGGGAAUAUACAGCUAUGCGUAUCUGAUAGACUGCAACUACGCACCAAACUGCAGCAUCGUUACCGGCCAACUCGUCACUGAUCCGGACCUGCCUCCGUUCCAAAACGUCAAGGGAGAUCAAGUAUCAUCUAACUUCCAGGUACCAUUCGACGUGCGAUUCCAAGGGACCGACGAUAUAGACGCGAACUUCGACUAUGCGCUGCCCGCGCCCCCCAAGUUCCGGGGUACUAUCAAAUCCGUCAACUAUACAUCACCAGGGUCUAUCCAUCCGGCGCCCGACGUGCAUGACCUUACUGUUUACCUGCCAGCAGAGUACGGCAAGAUAAAGGGGAAGAAGUAUCCGCUUCUUUACCUGUCUCACGGAGCCGCCGGCAACGGGAACGACUGGGAAAACCAGGGCCGCAUGUCGAGCAUCAUGGACAAUCUGAUCGCAGGGUGCCACAUCGAGCCGACCGUUGUAGUAAUGCCGUCGUUUUACAACCUGGACGACAGCCUGCCGCGCUUCAUCAUGGGGAACAGCUCAACCAUAUGGAAUCUGCCGACAUCAUACCACAUCCGCGAGAACUACCAGAAAUACCUAUUCCCGUGGGUAGAGGAAAACUUCGACGUGUGCGACACGCCCUCGUGCCGGGCCUUCGCGGGCCUGUCGUGGGGCGGCCGUCUCACGUACGAGAUGUACAUCAACGCCACCGACUACUUCGACUGGUACGGGAUGUUCUCGCCCGCGACCACGCCGCCGUACACGUACGUGGACGAGGCGGCGCUCGCGGCGAAUCCCGCGUUGGCCGAAAAGGGGCUGUUCGUCGCGUACGGCCUGUACGACUCGGUCUUCGACGAGGGCAAGGACAUGCAGGCCGCGCUAGACGGCUUGGGCAUCAAGUACCUGACGCGGAUCACGCCGUUCGGCGGGCACUUCUGGAAUACGUGGCAGGACGAGCUGUGGUGGUUCGGGGUCAAAGCGCUGUGGAAGCCGUUUCUGUACACGCAACAGACCGGGCGGUAGCGUUUGUGAACCUACCUACAUAGCUACCUGGUAGCCUACAUACCUAGGUUUAUCUGUAUACAUACCUACCUACCUAGGUACGGUACUUACAUAUGUAUGUAUGUAUGUAGAAUAGAAAUGAGUAUCCCCUCAUGUUCGUCCGACACCGCGCGAUUUUAAUGUUUAUUUGGGAUAGAAACGCGGUAGAUCUUUGCAAGGGCCAAAUACGUAGUAUGUAUGUAUGUAUGUACAUGGUGGUGACGGGAGUGCUAAUAUUGCACCAACACCACACGUCGCGACAUGGCCAGGUUUCUGAGCGAUGGUCACACCACGUUGGAAGAUGAAUUAUAUAUAUGUAUGCACAUACACAGGCACCUACAUAGGCAGAUACGUAGCCUAGAUAUAUGUAUAUCCUAGAUCUUUCCUCGGCGAUGAAUUUCCGGGUUGAAAAACGACAGAGUAAAUCCUCCGGGGGAUUGCCGCGAUAAAAGGGGUGUCUGCAUGCCGUCCCGGCCCGUUCAUAUUAAUACCAAGCGACUAUACGGGAUAGCGGUGGUAUGAUUAUUAGAAGAGCAUACAUACAAGAUGGGUUUAGAGGUAGUUAUGUUUCUAAUACGGAACGAAGAGAAGUUACCUACGUAUAUGCCUAUAGAUACGAGGGAGAUGAAGAAUGAAUACUCU